CCGCAGGUGCCCGUCAUGGCGGCGGCGGCGCAGCUGCUCCGCGGGGCAGCCCGCGCUGUCCGGGCUCCGCCCGCCCUGGCCCGCCGGUCGCUGGGGUCCGCGCCGCCGGGGGUCCCGGCAGGCCGGGGCGGGCAGCGUUGGGCGCUGGCGGGGGCGCUGGGCGGGCUGGGCUUGGGUUUGGGGCUGUGGCGGCGGCGGGCCGCCAUGGCGGCAGGCGAGGAGGAGGACGAGGAGGAGGAGCGGCUGCGGCGGCGGUUCAUGGCGCCGCCCGUCAGCGGGCUGCGGGAGCUGCGGCGGCGGCGGCGGGAGCUGCGGAGCCGCAUGGAGCUGCUCAUCAUGGAGACGCAGGCCGAGGUGUGCCGCGCCCUGGCGGCCGUGGACCCCGGCGCCGCCUUCGCCGUGGACACCUGGGAGAGGAAGGAAGGCGGAGGCGGCAUCAGCUGCGUGCUGCAGGACGGAGAGGUCUUCGAGAAGGCGGGCGUCAACGUGUCCGUGGUGUUCGGGCAGCUCUCCGAGGAGGCGGCGCGGCAGAUGAGGAGCAGGGGCAAGUCUCUGAAGGCCACUGCGGACGGAAAACUGCCUUUCUGUGCCAUGGGUGUAAGCUCUGUUAUCCAUCCAAAGAAUCCUCAUGUUCCAACUAUGCACUUCAACUACAGAUACUUUGAAAUUGAAGAAGCAGACGGCACUAAACAGUGGUGGUUUGGUGGUGGAACUGACCUCACUCCAACUUACUUGAAUGAAGAAGAUGCUGUACAUUUUCACAAGACUCUGAAAGAAGCUUGUGACAAGCAUGAUCCGAAGCUGUAUCCGAAAUACAAGAAAUGGUGUGAUGACUACUUCUUUAUCAAGCACCGUGGUGAGCGAAGAGGGAUUGGAGGCAUAUUCUUUGAUGAUGUGGACUCUCCUUCAAAGGAGGAAGUUUUUCAGUUUGUGCAGAGUUGUGCCAAAGCCAUUGUGCCUUGUUACAUUCCCAUUGUGAAGAAGCACUGCCAUGACUCCUUCACACCAGAGGAGAAGCAAUGGCAGCAGCUUCGGAGAGGACGGUAUGUGGAGUUCAACUUGGUUUAUGACAGAGGUACAAAGUUUGGCCUACUAACACCAGGAUCAAGAAUUGAAAGCAUUCUUAUGUCUCUGCCACUGACUGCAAGGUGGGAGUACAUGCACACCCCUCCGGAGAGCUCAAGGGAAGCAGAAAUCCUGGAGGUUCUCCGCAAUCCCAAAGACUGGGUGCACUGACGUGGAUUGUGAAGAAGAUGGAUUGCUUAUACUGAGUUAUUACGAAAGAACAAGAAUGCCUGCAAACCAGCUCAUUUGGAGUGCUGCUGCAUGGCAUUUUAGUAUAGCUGUUUAUACUCUUAAAUGGUGCCUUAAUGAUGUUGUAGACUUGUUGUAACUUGCAAAUAUGUGAACUCAUUAUUUAAGAGUGAUCAGCUGAUGUUGUCAUCCCCUGUUGAUGUUGCCUUGUGAAGGACUGGUGAUACCCUCCCAGGGCUGGUGUGCAUGCUUAGGAACUUCCUCAACAGAUUUGUUUGAGUGCAAAAUGUUAAGCUACGGUGAAGUGUUCCCCCAGUGGAAUGAAAGCAUUAUGUGUGCCUACAUGGCACAGCUCACUAUAGGAUAAUGUUGGGAUGAUUUUUAGAAAUACUUUUUUAAAGAAUAAAUUUAAAAUAAUAAAGAAUAAUAUGUUAUGAUU